AUGGAUAAUCCAGUGGGUGUACCGAGCUCUCAUACUAGAGAGCACACUGCAAGACGUGAGCAUGAGAGGACCGAAUCUAGCUCAACGUCGCCGCAGCGCUCCCGACGGCCAGGCGGCUCAACGCAAAAAGCAACCCUGUCAAAGGCGCUACAAAAGGCGAACACUGCAGUAUUGCUGGACAAUGCAGCUAAUUUUGAAGGUGCUAUCGAAGCCUACCAGGAUGCAUGCGAAUUGUUACAGCCGAUGAGUGGAGAUAGUAUUGAACGACGUGAGGAUUCACAACCAGUUGAGGCGGGCUUUGAAGAUGAUGGCGCGAGAAGCACUUCUGCCGGGGAAGAAGAAGAGGAAGAGGAGGAAGAGGAAGAGAUCGAUGAUAAUCAGUCCCAUGUGCCUGAUUAUGAUACCACGCCUUUGCAAUCUUCCUCGCACGAAGCAUUACUAGGCCUUGCGUUGGAUAAUUCAAAUCGAGACACGGAUAGAUUCACGCCGAUGCAGGAAGAUAGCGAGCUUGCAAAGGAUUUCAUACCGCGUCUUUCUCCUCGCCACAAUUUCUCUUCCGAUGCAGAUAUUUCCCAACAUAAUACUGAAGCACAGGUUUCGAAAACACUUGGAUUGCAUACCUCGGAAGGGGAAGCUCCCACGAACGACCAAUCAACGUCAUGGUUAGAUACAAUCGAUGAAUCUGGGGCUUCAUCGCCUGCCUCAACGCAGACGAAAUUAUCCCUAUACAUAGGCAGCACUCACUCGCAUAACGCAAGUAACGGCACCGAGGCAGAUUUUGACGCUGCGCUAGACGCGGCAGUAGAAGCGGCCUAUGACGAGGGAUUGGAGCCUGCUCUUAACCAGAAGGAAGGCUUUUAUGAUGAUAAUGAUGACGACGAUGAUUAUGAUCACGAUGAUGUAGUAUCAAACGCCAGAAGGAACAUUGAAAUUGCCAAGCAACGAGUCCGAGAGGCUGAGAGAGAAGCCCAGGCUGUUAUGGCACGACAAAUGCAUGGCCAAGCCGUGAUGGCCCACAACGAUAAUCUUGACUCGGAUUAUAUUGAUGAAGAGGCUGAAGAGGAGGAGCGGAUACUAGAAGAGAUGACCAAAGGCUAUGUUAUGGACGAUCUUGAGUUCAAUCUCCAUACAAAAACUGCAUUACCUCGACAAUCGGACUCAAGUACCAUCUCUGGCAGAACAUGGGGCAGUUCGGUUACAUCGAAUUCAGCUACUGCGGGCACGCCCCUUUCGACAUUGACGGAAGAAGGAGAUUUCACGCCUUCUGAUGCAGCAGUUCCAAACAAGCGACUUCCGCCGAUCCCCAAGAUACCUACGGGAGGUGGUGGUGCAUCGGGUCCUGUACAGCAAAAUACCUCAAUCAUGUCGCCAUCUGGCGGCGUACGGGCUCGCCGUUUCUCUAGGUCGAAUGCGAAACAGCUGAAAAUCGAUACUAAGCGCAUUCCAACGGGCUUUGAAACAUCCAAAAAGGAGCCCUUUUCCGCACAACCCGCACAACCUCCCUCACCCGUGCUGUUAGAUGAGCCAAAAACUAGUCUGCCCAUAUUAACCAGUACAGCACACAGUGGCACUUCUGAAAGAAAUGCUGCAUUUGAUAAUCCAAGAGGAGAACAUUAUGAUACGGGUUUAACGAAAGUACGCACCCAGGACAGUGAUGCCGUGGAGCGAUCCGCGCCACCCUCACCUCCUCGACACAUUCAUAAAAUCAUUUCUGGACCGGGCAUGCUUCGAAAGAAUACUUCAUCAUCUAGCCUAGGGGGGCUGAGAGGUAGAGGGAUAUCUAUAUCUACCCCCGAUACUUCAACAGAUUCACCAAACACACCUUCUGGCAGCUACUUUCCGCCCUUUGAUUUGCAACGGAAUCUUGUCUCAACCGGAACAUCAUACCCAAGAAGUUUGCACCUAUUUGAUAAUGAAAUCCACUCGCCCACCACGCCUGGGUCUCCUAAUUUAGCAGCCACGAAUGCGCCUAUACCGCUGGAACCUUGUCCCGAGUCUUUUCUGUUGCGUCCUUUCUGGCUGAUGCGUUGUCUGUACCAGACGCUUGCACACCCUCGUGGUGGAUAUCUUUCUACCAAGCUGUUUAUACCCAGAGAAAUAUGGCAAGUAAAGAAUGUCCGGAUUAGAGCUAUGGAUGAUAAAAUCUCACUAUGCGACUUGUUGACGGCGGCUCUACUUAAAGUCGCCCAAGUUGAUAAAUAUGACGCAGAUGCGGUCUUGGAAGAGAUGCAAACUUUCGAGAAUAUAUUGGACCAAGCGCAGGCUACAUUCGCAAGGAAGCUUGGCAACGAGGUGGGAGUUCAUGGCGCACUCCCGCUCUUCAAAAACAUAAAUAGCCCAGACGAGUCCCCUGUGCUUUCGGAGGGUUCGUUGUCAAGGAACUCGAGCCACCCUGGCAGAUCGUACCUUACGUCGUGGAGGAAACUGCGAUCCAAGAGCUCCACGACGACGAACUCGAGUAAUUUCAUAUCAUCGUCGACACCGAGAGACAGCGGGAAAGGAGGUCUCAGCAUGAAUACAUUGCCAAUGACAACGUCUUACCCAAGCGAGCGCUUUGCCAAGCGAGAUGUCAUGCAGCUUCAAUUUAAUGGGCCGAAUGCCAACUAUAUGGGAGCACUGGCGCGAUUGUUCGAUGCUGUUCAAGUUCUGGACCAAAUCGCGCGUCAAGUGGAGGAUCCCGGUCUAAAGCAUUCUUCACCUACUCACGUAGGCCUCGAAUUGAGCACUCGCCAUGCAGCAGAGUUUUUUGGAUUUUAUAUCUGCCGGUUUGCGCUGAACGACGUGGGCUUGCUACUCGAUAAUCAACAAAACACCACGCGUCGUCGCAUUCAACGUCUGGCAUUAACAUCCCACUUUGUGCUCAUUACUCCAUCUACUGCACGCAAUAUCGAUCAUUUCUGCCUACGACAGUCACCCUGCGAACGAAACAUACAAACCAAACCCAUGCCACGCCCUCCUGCCCGACGAACUCGUACCGUGCGCCAGCCGCCGGCAGACGUUCCUAGCAGACCAGUCAACAAGAACAAUGGCGAUGCGCAGUCCAAUACCGAAGCGAAGAAGCGAGUCACAACGCCUCGGCGGGCUGGCAAUAAUGACGAGCAGGGCGACUUGACGCCCACUGGGAACUCCAACGAGAAUGCCAUCGCAUCGUCGCCGGCGGAAAACACCACAACUACAAGUAUCCGACCGCCGACUCGCGCGCGAGGCUAUUCAGCAACAUUGUCUCUUGUUGGACGAAAGGGAGAGUUCAAUUCGCGCAUUGGUAGCACUCCUGGCUUCGAAAGCUCGAUCCUGAGCAACUUCAAGCGAAGAACAAGACAGCCUAGCUUGCUCCAGAUGAUGCAGGCUGAUGAUGACUCGUCGGACUUUGAUGACGAUGAUUUUCUGGGCGGCCUUAGUAGCCCCCAGGAUGAAUCAACUCCGCUGAAUGCUACUUCGCGAGCGCCGAUUGUCGAUAGUCAGUUGGCGGUGUCUCCUUCUCGUCCGCCAGUCGUAGCGUCUCCAUCCUCUAGGGAGUCCAGAAAGAGAAAGCGCCAGUCGCAGGAGGCUCGCAACGACCAAGACUCGGCCAAUAGUCGAAGCAGUUCAUUGUCGACACUUACCCGAGUUCCGGAGACGCCCUCGGUCAGAGAGUCUGUUGAUCCACCAAGUACAACCAUGGCUACCCCUUUAAGUACCGACACAACUAGUCCUACACGGCUGGGUCUGGACAGUCAAGUAAAACAGUCAACGACCUCUGAGGGAGCAGCAGAUCCCUUACCAAAGGUCACGACAUUGAAUAUACAAGCUAAAUUUCUCCCGCAGCGUCGAAUCCGCCAUCUCCAGCGCGCAGACGACAGCGACGACGCCGAGUCAGCAAACGAAGAUACAGAUGAGGAUGAAUUAAGCAGGGCAGUUAUGAGGCGGCCUCAGAGACCACGGAAGAAGGGCUUAUCAAAUGCUACAUCAGACAAUACAAAUACAAAGAAGGGAAGCAACAGCCAUGGCGGAAGGAAAAACAAGGGAAACGCCAAGGGUUCUCACGGCGAUGAUGACUUGCAAAGCAAGUCUCAGCGCACAUAUUCCCGCCAGAAACCACAAGCAUCGGACAAGGAGAAUCUCUUCUCUGACGACUCCUCGGCCCUCUCAUCACCACCGCCGUCCGAGGAUCUCGCUACUCCGCCACACAGCUCGACGAAGAGGAUAUCCAGCCGCGAGUUGCAGCAACAAGCGCUAAAAUUCGCAGAGGUGGAUAAGUGGGAAAUGGAAUUCGAGGAAGUCUCGUUUUCUGAAAACAGUCCUUCACGAUGA